UCUAGAUGCUGUUUCCUUUCUGGGUUUAGCUCUCUGAGUCAAGCUGCGUCUUUUUAACUCAUAAUUUCAUGAAUUUACGGUGGUGUCGUUGAAUAAUAAUCACGCGGUUGGAGAUUGAUGUUGUGGUGUGUGUGCACGAGGCUCGAGAAAGUUGCAUUGCGGUUGAUUUUGAUCAUUAGUAUGUGAGCAGUGAGAUCGCGAUGGUUGAGAAAUGGAAAGUAUGUCCUGUGCACUGUUGACAGACGAUCAGUAUUUUCUUCUCUACCUUAUCAUGGGAGUCUAUUUUGGUCCUAAUCUGAAGGAAGGAAGACCCCUUAAGUCUGCUUUGCAGAGAAAUGCUGAAGGCUGCACUGAGUACCAAGCCAAUGACUUGGCUGGCUCACACAUAAAAACAGUGGUAAUGGAAAGUGUGUAUUACUAUAUAUUGAGGAAGGCAGAACCAUCUGUUGUUGUGAAGCAACAUUUGUUGCUCCAGUAUAUUCAUGGAAGUCUUCCAAUUUCAGUUCAAUGUUCUAGAAUAUGCCUGCAGUUUGAUGAUCUUUUUCCUUCCAAGUUGCAUCCACGCUCUCAAUUUAAAAAUCAGCAAGAAACUAUUGAUGACAUUGUCUUCAUUAAUAACCCAGAAAUUGAUUACAUUAAGCCAGGAGAUAUUGAAAGGUUUAAGAGGCUCACUGGGUUGGAAGAUUUUCGUCUUGAUAGGGAGAGUGCAAUGCAGCACAUAUUUGUGGAUAGCAGAGUGUUACAUAAUGUUAAAGUGCAAGAGACAACAUCGAAGCUUCAUGAUACAAUUCAGCAUGUCAAUGUUCAACGUGUCAAUUAUGUUCCUUGCAGUGAGACAUGUCCUGAUGGUAAUGAGCCAUCUAAUUGCACAAUGCCUUUUAGUUGUUCUCCACUUAAUGCUAGUCCAUUAUCAUAUGAUUCCCCAGUACUGGCACAAAUGACUGGUAGUUACGGCGAGGAUCUCGAUCAGGGAAUAAUUUUCCUUCCCUCUUGCCCUUCUAAGGAAGAGUGGGCUAACCUUGUUGCUACUGUUAAAUGUGGAUUUGCACUGACUGGAAGUGCUGCAAGAGGCCAUGUGGGACCAGUUUUAGGACUUAUGGAUGUUGGAGAGUCCGAGGAUUCCUAUCUUUUCCGUGUGUCCCUUCCUGGAGUGAGAAGGGAUGAGAGAGAUUUUAGCUGUGAGGUUGAGAGUGAUGGCACUGUGAUUAUUAAAGGAGUGACAGUGACUGGUGAAAUCACAGUUGAGAAAUACUCCCAGGCAUUCAUAAUGCAAUCGCAGAAUCUGUGUCCGCCAGGUCCCUUCUCGAUCUCCUUUAAGCUACCUGGUCCAGUUGAUCCUCAGGAGUUUCAUGGAACCUUCGCCACUGAUGGGAUUCUUGAGGGAAUAGCACUGAAAGCAAGAAGAUAUAGAAGUUAGACAUGGAAAAACUAAUGCUGUAUCACAUUCGCUGGUGUUUGAUCAAUCCUAUCUGACUCAACAUACUACGUCGAGGUAACUUAGAGCUGUUCUAUUACCAUUUUGUGGCAUGCUUUUGGUUGUCAUCUGAUGCAUAUGCUGUCAAACAUGGCUCAUAAUUUUGUAGUCUUGCGCCAACCUAAUAUGGACCACCCAUGAUGUACCUUAUAUUAUGAUCUAAAAAUGUGGCACUACAGACUGCCAUGUAUCCUUGAACCAUGUUUAGCUCUUUUUUCUUUUCUUUUCUUUUUUUCACUCAUGCACCCAAUACACACGCAUACACUCAAAAUUCGUUCUCAAGACGUCUUAUAGAAAAUUCUUC